UCGGACAUGGCGGCGGGGGGUUUGCCGGCCGAGCACAACCCGUUCUCUUUCCGCGAGUUCGUCCGCAGCAAGGCGCGGGGCGGCGGGGAAGCGCCGCAGCCCGACCCGGGCCUCGGCCCGCUGUUGCUGCCGGAUCCGGCUCCGCCCGGCGAGGCGGAGGACGAGGAGGAGGAGGAGGAAUGGAGCGGGAGCUACCAGCCGCUGGCCGUGGAGCAGGCCCACCUCGCCGCUGCGGGCCCCGCAUCGCCCUCCGCCGGCUCCUUCUGCGAGGGAGCGGAGCGGAGCGCGGCCUCCCUCGGAGCCCUCACGGGGCCGGGCUCCCCCUCCCUCCGGCAGCCCAGCUACGAGGAGCUGAAGGAAGAGAAUGCCACUUUGAGAUGCAAGAUCAACAAGCUUCAGAUUUUCUCUGAAACUCAAGCAGACAAGGUGAGGAAGCUUGAAAAAAAACUUGAGGAAAACAAAAUCAAAGAGGAAAAAGAAGCACAGGAUUUGGAAGCGAUGGUGCAGCACGUGGAACAGAACCUCCAGCUGAUGACUAAACGGGCUGUUAAAGCGGAGAACAGUGCUACAAAACUGAAACAGGAGAACGCGUUACUGCAGGUUCAGCUCAAGAAUUACAAGUCAGAGAACGAAGCCUUGAGGUUGGGCCAGGCAGCAAGUCUGGCCACGGUGAGGCAGAACGCGGAUGCUGCCCUACAGAACCUUCUCACUGUCAUAACCAACUCUCAGGCUUCCAUCAGGCAGCUGGUCUCUGGAGCAGAGUCACUGCAGCUUGUCGCCGAUCUCCUCACAUCCAUAGACAGGAUUUCAGAAGUGUCCCAAGAUGGACAGUGACUGGAACAGGAUGGAAACCAUUCCCAAAAACUCUGGUUUUGAUACUUGGCCUCAUUGUGAUACACAAAGAUGUUGGUGCUGCUGCCGCUGGAGUCCUGAAGCCCGAAUGGACAAGAGUAUGUGCCUCUGGGCUGGGGCUGCGGGUCCUGCUUCCCCUGCACCCCGACAUCCCGCUGGGACCCCACAGAGCACUCGGGUUUGGCUGGAACUGCCGCUUGCGUUCUGUCCCCAUCCGGACUGUUCCAUUGCCACGGAGGGAGCAGGAGUCGGGAGGGGUUCGUGCAGCGCGGGGAGGGCUCGGGCUCCGGGUGCGGGCUGUGGCGCUCGUCCCGGCCGCUGUGUGACGGGUGUUGCGGAGCUAUUAAAGGCGGCGGCG